AUGUCAUCGCCAAUUCCGAUCAAACAAAAGGAGUUCCGAGAAGAGGAAUGUCGAUUGCAGAUCGUCAUUGUCGGAGCUGGACUUGCUGGUCUAGGAGCCGCGAUCAGUUGCCUGCUAGCCGGUCAUGAUGUUCACAUCCUCGAAGCCACACAUGAGAUCCGCGAAGUAGGUGCCGGCAUACAAGUAUUGCCCAACAGCUCGCGAAUCUUGCAGCACUGGGGCCUGCAAGAGUCCCUAACGCCACAUAUGACAUAUCCGCGAGUUUGCAACUUUCUCGGUUGGAAAGGAAACCUGUUAUCGUCACUUGACUUCCACGAAUCCGAAAAACAGUACCCUGGGACAUGGUAUCGCGAUUUUCAUCGGGCGGACCUCCAGCAGUGCCUUGUUGAGAGAGUGCAGGAGCUGGGGGGGCAAAUAACAUGCAAUGCCCGGGUUGUAGACGUUCAAGUUCAUAUGGACAACUCAACGGCGACCGCGGUCUGUGUAGAUGGCCAAAAAUGGAUGGGCGACCUGGUGAUUGGUGCUGACGGAGUGUUUGGAAAGCUGACACAGGUUCUCCUGGGAAGGCCGGAUCCUCCGACUAAUACCGGUGACUUGGCAUAUCGUCUGCUUCUCUCAACGGAAAAGAUGCUUCAAGAUCCAGAUUUGGCGGUUUUGGUGACGGAUCCGCAAGUUAACUACUGGUUGGGACCUGAUGCCCAUGCAGUAAACUAUGUUCUUCGUGACGGGCAGCUGUUCAAUAUGGUCCUCUUAGUCCCGGACGACAUUCCAGAAGAGUCGUUGGCUUCAACGGUUGAAGGCAAUGUGAAAGAAAUGUGCUCUUCAUUUGAAGGAUGGGACUCACGCAUUCAAAAACUUCUCCGACUCUGCGAAUCUGUCCACAAAUGGAGGCUCUGCAUUCGAUACGGCGAGUACGAUUGGACACAUUCGUCAGGAACGUGGGUGAUGCUGGGCGACGCUGUCCACGCCACACUGCCUUAUUUGGCCUCGGGAGCGGGAAUGGCAUUUGAAGACGGUGCAGUACUAGGCGAAUGCCUUUCCCGGCUUCCUAACUACCACGGUGUAUCCAAGAAGUCCUCCGAUUUUCUCGAGCAGCAACGACACGCCUUGACGGUCUUUGAAGAAUGCCGUAAGCAACGCACGCAGAUGGUGGUGGCAAGGGGAAACGUCCAGCAACAUCUCUAUCAUUUGCACGACGGACCCGAGCAGGAGGAAAGGGACCGAAAGAUGCAGAUGGUCCCGACGCCGGAAGGUGAGGCCCUUGCCUGGCGAGAUCCGGGACUAGCACCGAAAUUAUUGGGCUAUGAUCACAUCAAAGAUGUUGGUAGUCACUGGGAGCGGCUACACGACAGCGCAAUGCAUGAGGAUACGUCAACACAGUCGCGACUGUAGGAUUGCUAUACGGGACAUGGUUAUAUAUCCAUUCAACGAAUACUUGUAUAUACCAUAGCUUCGUUCACC